AUGGGUGAUCUUGUCGCAGCAACAAAAACGAAGGAAGGAGGUGCGUCGACGUCCAUACAGUAUCCGAUGUUAACCACCACUAACUACACUGUCUGGGCCAUGAGGAUGAAGGUGGCGCUUAGGGUUCAUAAAGUUUGGGAGGUCAUCGAACCAGGAUCAGCAGACGAAGAAAAGAAUGAUCUAGCUCGUGCCCUCCUUUUCCAAUCCAUACCCGAAGCACUAAUCCUUCGUCUUGGUGAGCUCGAUACCGUCAAAGCCGUAUGGGACUCAAUUAAUAGAAGACACGUUGGUGCUGACCGAGUAAAGGAAGCAAGAUUACAAACAAUGAUGGCUGAGUUUGAUAGACUAAAGAUGAAAGAAACCGAUACAAUUGAUGAUUUUACCGGCAAACUUUCAGUGAUAUCUACCAAAUCAACAGCCCUAGGAGAAAACAUUGAAGAAGCAAAGAUUGUGAAGAAAUUUCUUAAAAGCUUGCCAAGGAAGAAAUAUAUACAUAUUGUGGCUUCCCUAGAACAGGUUCUCGAUCUUAACACGACUAGCUUUGAAGAUAUUGUGGGAAGAUUGAAAGCCUAUGAAGAAAGAACCUGUGAAGAAGAAGACUCGCAGGAGGAACAGGGUAAGCUCAUGUAUGCGGACUCACAAAACUCCCAAACCACACAAAGCUACCAAGAAGCUCAAGGAGGAGGAAGCGGUAGAGGUGGAGGGAGGUUUGGAAGAGGAAGAGGACGAGGUCGCUUUGGAAAUCAACAAAGAGACAGAACCAAAGUUGUCUGCUAUCGAUGUGAUAAGAUAGGACACUACGCAUCUGUAUGUCCUGAUAGAUUGCUCAAGCUUCAAGAAACACAAGAGGAAGAAGACGAUGAUUCACAAAAGGCAGAAGAGCUUUUGAUACAUGAGACGGUAUUUCUCAAUGAGAAAAAGGUGAAACCAGACAACUUUGAUGCUUGCUCAGACAAAGUAUGGUACUUAGACAAUGGUGCGAGUAACCACAUGACUGGGAAUAGGCAUUGCUUCUCUAAACUCGAUGAAACAGUCACCGGGAAAGUAAGAUUUGGCGACGACUCACGAAUUGAUAUAAAAGGGAAGGGAUCAAUCGUAUUUUUCUGCAAGGAUGGCCUUAAAGAACUCUGA